AAUGAUUUUGUCGUCUUUUAAUUACAGUGAAUGACUUGUGAACAGCCAGCUGAGGGGUUUAUACACCGAAAUGGCUUGAGGAUUAAGUUGUGUGAAGUAACGCAAGAAAGUGAGUUGUUGCUGGGCUGUGAUGUAAAGUAACGGUAGUUUGUGGCCGCAGGCAGCGUCGGACUUUUUUUUUCUGGGAACAAUUCAGUCCAUCCGGUGAGAGAAUGUCUAACCGGUCCCUGAAUCAAUAACUUAUUAAUUAACAAACAAGAAACAGGAGAAUGAAGUGCAAUAUCAAAAGCAGCCCUCCACUGCAGGAUGUUAUGGUGCUCAUUCACCAACGUUAGCAUGCUCUUAAAGAGAAUUAUUGGCGUAUAAACGGGGCCAAGUAUCCUGCAGCAGGUCCUGGAAACUGUAAAGACUUUGGUGAACAAAACGUGAGGAGAAAAGGCUCGCUGGAAGUCUGCUCGUGCCUUGAAUUUUCUGUCCCAGGCAGCAGCCAUGGAGGAGGAGGUGAGCAUGGAGUUUUUGCUGGAGCAGGUGAUGCAGAAGGACCUGGGGAAGAGGCUCCAGGUGGGCCAGGAGAUCAUGGAGCUCAUCCUGGACGAGGAGAAGUCCCCCGACAUGGAGCAGGACCAGACCGUGCUGGACAGGAUGGUGGACACAGUGGCCAGCUCCUGGGUUAACUCCAGCAACUUCAAGGUGGUCUUAUUUGGGAUGGACAUCCUGUCCGCUCUGGUCACCCGACUGCAGGAGAGAUUCAGGACGCAGGUUGGAACAGUUCUACCGAGCCUCAUCGAUCGGUUAGGUGAUGCCAAGGACCAAGUUCGAGACCAGGACCAAGCGCUGCUGCUGAAGAUUAUGGACCAGGCUGCUAACCCACAGUAUGUGUGGGAGCGAAUGAUGGGAGGCUUCAAGCAUAAGAACAACAGGACCAGAGAAGGACUCUGCCUCUGUCUCAUCUCAACCCUAAAUGUGUUUGGAUCUCAGAGUCUGACGCUCAGUAAAAUCGUUCCUCACAUCUGUAACCUCCUCGGAGAUCCCACAAGCCAGGUGCGUGACGGAGCCAUGAACUGCCUCGUAGAGAUCUACCGCCACGUCGGAGAACGAGUGAGAAUGGACCUGGGAAAGAAGGGUCUGCCUCAGUCACGGCUAAAUGUCAUCUUCAGUAAAUUUGACGAAGUUCAGAGGUCAGGGAACAUGGUCCUUUCACCUGUGUCAGACAAAAACUUUGAGGAUGAUGACUCGGGAGAUGGCGGCCGCUCCUCGUCCUCUUCCAAAGGAGCCUCGCUAUCUGGGAAGAAGACGGUGAGCAUGGGUUCAUUUCGACGCCCCGCCUCCAGCACCAAGUCUGCAGGGAGGGAUGGGUCUAGUGCUGGAGCUGUGGACGAAGAGGACUUCAUCCAGGCCUUUGAGGACGUCCCCACAGUGCAGAUCUACUCCAACAGGGAGGUAGAGGAGGCCAUGACGAAGAUCCGAGACGUGCUGUCAGACGAUAAGAGGGACUGGGAGCUCAGAGUGGCAGCUCUAAAGAAGGUGCGUUCGCUGCUCCUGGCCGGCGCAGUGGAGUUUGAUGGGUUUCCGCAGCAGCUGCGGCUCAUGGAGGCGGCGUUCAAACUGUCCGCCAAGGACCUCCGCUCUCAGGUGGUCAGAGAGGCAUGCCUCACUCUGAGCCACCUGUCGUUGGUGCUGGGCAGUCGCUUCGACCACGCGGCAGAGGCCAUCAUGCCGACCCUCCUCAACCUGGUCCCCAACAGUGCCAAAGUCAUGGCUACCUCGGGCAUUGCCACCAUCCGCCUCAUCCUCAGACACACACACUACCCACGUCUCAUCCCCAUCAUCACCAGCAACUGUACCUCCAAAUCUGUGGCUGUCAGAAGGCGCUGCUUCGAGUUCUUGGACCUGCUGCUGCAGGAGUGGCAGACGAGCUCUCUGGAGAGACAUGGAGCAGUGUUGAUGGAAACCAUAAAGAAAGGUAUCCAUGAUGCAGAUGCAGAAGCUCGCUCUGUGGCAAGAAAGUGCUACUGGAGUUUUCACAGUCACUUCAGGCGGGAGGCAGAGCAGCUGUUCCAGGGCCUGGAGGCGUCCUAUCAGAAAGCUCUGCAGGCUCACUUGAGGAGCGGAGACAGCCUGGUGUCGCUGCCCGCCUCAGAUCGCUCCUCCUCCUCUUCCCAGGAGAGCCUCAAUCGACCGCUCUCUGUAAAAAACACCUUUGGAAGUGGGACAACAAGAUCCAAAGCUUCCCACACCAGGACGCCUGCUGCAGCCUCUUCUCCAGGCUCCCUCCAGCGCUCUCGCAGCGACGUGGACGUCAACGCGGCGGCCACCGCCACCGCCCGCACCAGGAUGCCCGCCGUGUCCUCUGCCAUGCAGUCGUCAGCUUCACCCUUCAGCUCGGCCUCAGCCCUCCCCCCUGGAUCCUACGCUUCACUUGACGGCUCGUGGUCUGUUAACGCAGACGGUCGAGUACGAACCAGAAGAACGAGUUCAGGAAACGGUCCGUCUGUGACAGACAGCCGGGGAAGAAGCCGAGGGAAAGUCGUCUCGCAGUCUCAACCCGGCAGCAGGUCAGGUUCUCCCGGCCGCCUGCUAAGCUCCACCUACGGCAGGAUCCCGAGGCCGACCAUGGGCACCGCCCUCGCCACCACCAACAGCACUUCCACCGGCCUGAGCGACAAGAGCCGGCCCCGAGGUCACCGCAGCCAGGGCUGCAGCCGAGAGACCAGCCCCACCAGAUCAGGAACGGCCCGGAGCCGAAUCCCCCGACCAAGCAUGAGUCAGGGCUGCAGCCGCGAAACCAGUCGCGAGAGCAGCCGCGACACCAGCCCCGCCAGGGGUUUCUCCCCCCUGGUGACUCGACGUCACUCCCGUUCAACCAGCGCCCUGUCCUCUGCAGAGUGCUACUCAGACCGGCUAUCUCAUCAGGCUCGGAUCUCGGCAUCCGUCAACGCCAUGAAAAUCCUCAACACAGGCACCGACGUCGAGGCUGCUGUCGCUGACGCUCUGCUCUUAGGAGACUCGAGGAGUAAGCGGAGGCCGGUGAGGCGGCGCUUCGAGUCGCCGGGAAUGUACUCGGACGACGACGCCAACAGCGACGCCUCCAGUGCUUGCUCCGAGCGCUCGUACAGCUCACGCAACGGCGGCGUGGCGCCGCACUACCUGCGUCAGACGGAGGACGUGGCCGAGGUGCUGAACCACUGCGCCAGCGCCAACUGGUCUGAGAGGAAGGAGGGCCUGCUGGGACUGCAGAACCUGCUCAAGAGCCAGAGGAUGCUCAGUCGCGUGGAGCUGAAGAGGCUUUGUGAGAUCUUCACCAGGAUGUUUGCAGAUCCUCACAGCAAGAGAGUCUUUAGUAUGUUCCUGGAGACUCUGGUGGACUUCAUCACGCUGCACAGGGACGACCUGCAGGACUGGCUCUUUGUCCUGCUCACUCAGCUGCUGAAGAAGAUGGGGGCCGACCUGCUGGGCUCCGUCCAGGCCAAAGUCCAGAAAGCCCUGGACGUCACCAGAGAUUCCUUCUCAUACGAACAGCAGUUCAACAUCCUGAUGCGUUUCAUCGUGGAUCAGACGCAGACGCCCAACCUGAAGGUGAAGGUGGCCAUCCUGCGCUACAUCGAGGCGCUCGCCCGUCAGAUGGACCCGGGCGACUUCGUCAACUCCAGCGAGACCCGCCUCGCUGUCUCUCGCAUUAUCACCUGGACGACCGAGCCCAAGAGCUCUGACGUCCGCAAGACCCUUCAUAGCUGGGCAGGGGAGGAUUUCUCAGGCCGACCCAGCACCGUGGCCUCUCUGCCUGGAGAGGGCAACCUGGAGGAGAGGUGCAAGCAGGCGGCCCAGGUGGUGCUAAUUGCCCUGUUUGAGCUGAACACGCCGGAGUUUACCAUGCUGCUCGGCGCUUUGCCCAAAACCUUCCAAGACGGGACCACCAAACUGCUGCACAACCACCUGAGGAAUGCCAGCGCUAACAGUGGCAUCAGCAUGGUGUCUCCCAGUAACUCGGCAGGCCGGACGCCUCCGCGGCCGCCCAGCAGUCGCAGCAGCCCGCUGACCUCGCCCACCAACUGCUCCCAUGGGGGUCUUUCUCCCAGUCGGCUGUGGGGCUGGAGCGCAGACGGGCUCUCAAAGCUCCCUCCUCCACCCUUCCCCUCCCCUCUUCCUCCACCCACUGCCCACUCCUCCGUGAAGGCAGUGCGGCGAGCUUACUCACCCAGCAUGCUGGAGUACGACAGUGAAAACCUGAACUCAGAGGAGAUCUACAGCUCUCUCCGCGGCGUCACCGAGGCCAUCCAGAACUUCAGCUUCCGCAGCCAAGAGGACCUGAUGGAGCCACUGAGGCGAGACGGCAAGAGGGACGGCAUGUCCGGAGUCGGGGCGUCCUCAGAGCUCGGCGGUGAGGUGGUGGGGGGAGGACGUACAGCCCUGGACAACAAGACGUCUCUGCUGAAUACGCCUUCGCCGCGCUCCUUUGCCGGCCCGCGCUUCAGAGACUACAACCCGUACAACUACACGGACAGCAUCAGCACACUGGACAAAGCUUCCCUGAAGGAGGCGCUGUUUGAGGACGCCGUUGAGCAGCUGCGAGACGGCAGCAGACAAGAAUGUGUGGAAAACAAGAUCGUGAACCCCAAAAGCUUCCCUGCCGUCCCCGCUGAGCAGCUACAGCUGGUCGGGGAACUGCUGAAGGAGCUCUCCCAGGGCCAGGCAGGGGAGCGGGGGCCCGAGGACCGACGGGGGACUCUGCUGGAGCUGUUGAAAGUGGCCCGAGAGGACAGCCUGGUGGUGUGGGAGGAACACUUUAAGACGAUGCUGCUGCUACUGCUCGAGACGCUGGGAGACAAAGAUCACACGAUCCGGGCGCUGGCCCUGCGGGUCCUGAAGGAGAUCCUGAGGAAUCAGCCGGCCCGCUUUAAGAACUACGCUGAGCUUACCGUCAUGAAGACGCUGGAGGCUCAUAAAGACUCCCACAAGGAGGUGGUGCGUGCGGCAGAGGAGGCGGCCUCCACACUGGCGACCUCCAUCCACCCUGAGCAGUGCAUCAAGGUCCUCUGUCCCAUCGUGCAGACUGCAGACUACCCCAUCAACCUGGCCGCCAUCAAGAUGCAAACGAGGGCUAUUGAACGCAUCGCCAAGGAACCGCUGCAUCAGCUGCUGUCUGACAUCAUACCUGGACUCCUUCAGGGCUACGACAACACAGAGAGCAGUGUGAGGAAGGCCAGCGUCUUCUGCCUGGUGGCCAUCUACUCUGUGAUCGGAGAGGAGCUGAAGCCUUACCUCGCUCAGCUGACCGGCAGCAAGAUGAAGCUGCUCAACCUGUACAUCAAGAGGGCCCAGACCUCCACCAGCAACAGCAGCAGCUCCUCCGACAUCUCGUCCUACUAACACUAACAUCAUCUUUUGUUUCAGUUUUCAUUCCAACAGCCAAUACAAACAGGAUCAUGAUUAUCUAGAUUUUCAUCAUCUUCCCAUCCAACCUUUCCAAAUUCUUUCCAUUUCAUUCCUUCAGCCGUUGAUGAAGCUGAAGUCGUCUUUGUGGCUCCAGAUUCUGGACCAUCUUCUUGAAAGCGUAGCUAGUUUUUAGGAUAAAAGUUGGCAGCUUUGAAAAAGAACCAGACCCUCGUUUCUCCUCCUUUCGCUAGAGUCAUGAGCCUUAAAACUUUAUCUUCCUUCGAUGUACGGUGGAACCAAGGUGAUCGUAGAAACCAUUCUUUCCUCUCCUCAUUUCACCAUCUUCUUUGUCAAUCGGAUCUGAAGUGAUCCUGAGAAAUAUUUAAUGUUACUUUAGCACCUAGACCAUCUCCUCUAACUUAUAAGAGGUGAAAUCGUGAAAGAGUUUUUGUUUUUCCCUCCCCUCAUUGCAGGAGGAAACCUGUGGCUAUCAGUAUUUUUAUUCAUUUUUAGUACCUUUAAUCCACUUCUUUGAACUAUUUGUUUGCUUUGACACAUCAAAACUUAUUGUAUAUUGAAUGUAAAGAGCUUUGAAUGGAUCUUACCUGUAUAUCUCCUUCCUGAACUACUGCCUCAUUGUACCCGGUGGAUCAAUCUUAAAGGUGUUGGGAUGAUUUCCAAUUUGACAAGUGCAAAGAAAGUGUUAAAAGUGGCACUAUAGUCUUUAAAAGGCGAAAUUCAAGAAGAAGAUUAAUAUGUCAAAAAUAAUGAGCUUUGAUUUAGAAAUUCGACACCUUUUUGAUGAGUUAAACAGUAGGAAAAUGUAACUUUCCUGCUGUGGCACUUAUUAAUAGAAUAGCAAUAUGUGUAAGCAUUAAUAAAAAAAUGUGAAAUCCAA